AUGGAGCCCCCACUCCCCACACUCGGGCGGCGCCUCCCAGUGGCCAGCCGCCCUGUGAAGAUAGCGGUGACAGUGGCGGACUCGAAGGACCUUUUGCGAAAGGCGCCUCCAGUGGCCCGCAAGUGGGCGCUGCCGCCCCCAGGAGAUGUUUCUCGGCAGUCUUUUUGUGCUGGGGUUCUUUUCCCUCCCGUGUCUGCUGCUGCAGUUCGCACGCAGCAGCAGCAGCAGCGGGGGGCUGCAGCAGCAGGUGCUGCUGCAGCGGCUCACGGGCUCGGCGCGGCCCCCACCAACCCGUGGAAGCUGCCGACCCCGCAGCAGCAGCAGCAGCAGCAGCACCAGGAGCAGCAAGAAGCACUGAAAAAGUCCCUUGCUGCUCCCCCGGGGGCUCCUCCCGCUGCUGCUGCUGCUGCUCGAUCGACAGAAGCGUCUCCAGCAGCAGCAGGACAAGCAGCGCCAGCAGCAGCGGCACCGCCAGCAGCAGCAGCACCCGCUGCUGCUGCAGCAACAGCAGCAGCAGCACCCGAGGCAGCAGUGAAACCAGCAGCAGCUGCUGGCCCAUCUGGCGCUGCUUCUCCUUCUGCCCCUGUCUCCUUUGCUGCUCUCAAGUCUCCAGCAGCAGCAGCAGACUCAGCAGCAGCGAUUGGAAGCCCUCAACCCUCGCUGGAUGCUGGACUUAGCCUGGGGGGAGGUGUUUCUCUCUCGACGCUGAUUGCUAAAAACAGCAGGAAAUGUGGGACUUUAUGGUUUAGGGCAUAA